CUUGCUUCGUAUUCGAUUCUCACUUCUCCGACGACUCUCUCUCUCUCUCUAGAAUUUUCUCUACUGAAAGGUCUUAAUACUCUUGAGUUUGGCUUCAAUGGAAGUUGAAACUCACUCUCCGGCGACCUCCUUCAGUGUGGACUCCGGCACUCGUGCUAACUAUUCUCCCUACAUCGAUCAGCCGAAGCUCCGCGCGUCGGGGUUCCGGAGCUCCGACGACGCCUCCGGAAUCGAAAAUUUCGAGGACGGAGGUACGGAAUGUAAUAGCGUCAAACAGGUUAAUGACCGCGAGAUAUCUACCCUGACCGUUUUGAGUUCUGAACCCGUGCCCUACGCGCCCAAUGGCGUGGACCACACCGGCUUGGUCUCUCCCGGGCCGGCGGCGGUGGUUGACGCGCCACUGACACGUCAGUCGAGCGCCGCCAUGACGCUGCAGAAGGUGUAUCGGAGCUACCGUACCCGGCGCAUGUUAGCAGACUCUGCUGUGGUGGCUGAAGAGCUCUGGUGGCAAGCUCUAGAUUACGCUCGAUUGAAUCAUAGUACAAUUUCAUUCUUCAAUUUCUUGAAGCCAGAAACAACAGCUUCUCGCUGGAAUCGAGUUAGGGUAAAUGCUUCAAAGGUGGGUAAGGGUCUGUCUAAAGAUGCCAAGGCUCAGAAAUUAGCAUUUCAGCAUUGGAUUGAAGCGAUUGAUCCGCGGCACCGUUAUGGACAUAAUUUACAUUUGUAUUAUGAAGAGUGGUGCAAUUCUGAUUCUGGUCAGCCGUUCUUCUUUUGGUUGGAUCUUGGAGAUGGCAAAAAAGUUGAUCUCAAGGCAUGCUCUAGGUCAAAGCUUCAGAGGCAGUGCAUUAUAUAUCUUGGACCUCAAGAGAGAGAGCAUUAUGAAUAUGUAGUUGUUGAGGGGAAAGUUUUGCAUCAACAAACUGGAGAGCUUCUUGAUACAACCAAAGGUUCACCAGGGGCAAAAUGGAUUUUUGUGAUGAGCACCUCCAAAAAGCUCUAUGCUGGCGAGAAAAAGAAGGGAAUGUUUCAUCAUUCCAGUUUCCUUGCUGGCGGGGCUACUUUAGCUGCUGGGAGACUUGUAGUACAAGAUGGAACACCUAAGUCUAUUUCACCAUAUAGUGGACACUAUCGGCCAACUGAUGACAGUCUCAAUACCUUUAUAUCAUUUCUCAAGGAAAAUGGAGUAAACCUUGAUGAAGUUGAGAUAAAGAAGGCUAAUGAAGACUACGAAAAUUAUGAAGAGGUAAAGUCAGUGAACACAUCUGAACUUUCAACUCUUUCGUCUCCUCCAGCAGAGCUUCCAAAUGAAGAGAUGAAAGACUUGUCCUUAGAAUCAGCUGGCGCUCUCAAAUCUGUACCCAGUGGGUGCUAUAAAAGGACAUUAUCUGGUGGUCUUCAGAGCCCGAGGGCCGAGGUGCCAAAGACGGUAAUUCUUCAGAGGAUCAAUUCCAAGAAGGCAUCAAAUUCUUACCAAUUAGCGCAACAACUCUCAAGAACAUGGUCAACCGGUGCUGGUCCAAGAAUCGGGUGUAUUGCUGAUUACCCCAUUGAGUUGAGGUUACAAGCCUUGGAGCUCACUAACCUCUCCCCAAGACUUCCACGGGCUCCAGCAGGCUUUAUUUCACCCCCCAUUCGAUCUGCUUCAGUCCCCGUGGCAUCGUUAAUAUGUUAAACAGAGAUCUGCAUUUACUCCCUAGAGCUUUAGUCAUUUUUUAUAUAUGUUCCUAGCAGCAGAUAUUCACCUAUGCUUUAGAGUGGUAGUGUGCUUGCAUGCUCGAAAGUCCACUGAGUUUUAAAGUUUUGGGUAGAGGAGUUUGUGCAGUAUUGUAGCAGUCUGACUUGAAAAGCAGAAUCCACUUUUAGGGUGUAAGUGAAGUGGAGCACCGGAAAUAAAUGACAUGCAUGUUUGCGGUGGAAGAUUAGUAAUCUAAUACUGUCCUACUCCAUAUUUUGUAUGAUGGAUGAGGGAUGAGACGUAGGCCUUGCAUUCUGUCCAUAUAUGUAUGUUAUCAUAUUUACUUUUACUCAAAGUUGCUGUCUGUCAACUUUGACGCUAUGUUGGCUACUGUUUUGUUGUUUGACAAAUUGUCUUUAUAAGUUAAGUUUUAAUACAUA